CAUUGGGCCGGAUCCUGCCUUCAUUCCCCGAGACCAUUGGUUUGUUUCCUUAUCUUCAUGUUCAGUUCCUUUUUUACUUUUUCUUAUUUCCUCCUUCCACAACUUCGCACUCCGUUUCGUCAACCCACAAGAAAGACUCUGCAGGAGCAGAUUUCAGACUACACUCAGUUUCCGGCCCAGGAAUUGUUUCAAACUCAAACGCCAUUUUAAUGACGGACGAGAAGGGAGAGGAAGUAAAAGGAGUAAACGUGAGAACGGGGAAGCUUGGAAGUCACAGGUCCGAAUAAUCUAGAUGAGAUGGGGCCUGCCUCUCAUCAAGAAGGUUGGCUAGAACCCAUUUGUGGUUUAAUCUGGUCUGAUUAAACCAGUCUCCUGAGACAGUGGGCCCUAUUUCUAACAUGAGUCUCUCCGGGGAGCCAGAGACCAAAGGUGGAACCCUCAGCUCUAACAGAAAGAGCAUCCAGGUAGAAAGAGCAGGGUCACCUGUACCCAGCUGUGUGUCUCUGAAGAGUGAUCAUUCAGUGCAUCCUCCUCUUGUUUUCAGUGGAGAGUUCACAGGUGAUCAAAGGGUCCAGGUAGAGAGAGCAGGGUCACCUGUACCCAGCUGUAUGUCUAUGAAGAGUGAUAAUUCAAUGCAUCCUCCUCUUGUCUUCAGAGGAGAGGUCACAGGUGAUAAAAGGAUCCCGUGGUCACUGGAGUCCAGCUGUUUAGAAGAGAAGAGUACAGAGAAAUUAUCUUCCACAAAACAGUCUCUCCUACGCACUCUGAUGAAGCUGAAGAAGGAUGAAAAGUUGAAAGUGUUUCAGAGCCAUCUGAGUCAGGAUUGCCCAGAAUGCUCUAAGAUUCUGUCUGAAGAUCCUUCUGUACUAGAUAAGUUCAUGAAGAUGAAGGAAUUGUUCAUGGGUCAUCAAAUUGAUGACUACCCAGAAUGCACUGAGAGGGAACAGGAGGAUCCUGAGGCCCUGUACAUAGUUGAGAAGAUGCUGGAGACCUGUGGCAUUGAGAGGUCUCUGAAGAUCACACUCCACAUCCUGAGGAACAUGAAGCAGAAGGAUCUCGCAGACUCACUGAAGCAGCACAAUGAAUCUAUACAAAGAGCCCAGCAGGCACUGAAAACUCCACUGAAGAAGAAGUUUGAAUGCAUAUUUGAAGGUUUAGCAAAGCAGAGCCACCCAACCCUGCUCAAUGAGAUCUAUACAGAGCUCUACAUCACAGAGGGGGGAAGUGGGGGGGUCAAUAAUGAACACGAGAUCAGACAGAUAGAGACAGGAUCCAAAAGACGAACUACACAGGAGACUACAAUCCUCUGCAAUGAUAUCUUUAAAUCUUUACCUGGACAAGAGAAACCCGUCAGAACUGUGCUUACAAAGGGCAUCGCUGGCAUUGGGAAAACUGUCUCUGUGCAGAAGUUUGUUCUGGACUGGGCAGAAGGAAAAGCCAAUCAGGAUGUUGAUUUCAUCUUCACUCUUCCUUUCCGAGAUCUGAAUUUCAAGAAGGAAAGAGCAUUCAGUCUGAUGCAACUUCUGCAGCAUUACUUUCCACAACUGCAAGGGAAAAGUGUUGAAAGUGAUGAAGUCAAAGUUGCGUUUAUCUUUGAUGGUCUGGAUGAAUGUCGACUUCCUCUAAAUUUCCAAAGCAAUGAGACCUGCUGUGAUAUAACAAAGUCAUCACCAGUGGAUGUGCUGCUGACCAACCUCAUUAAGGGGAAUCUGCUUCCCUCUGCUCUCGUCUGGAUCACCUCCCGACCAGCAGCAGCCAAUUGGAUCCCUCCUAAGUGUGUCCAACGAGUGACAGAGAUAAGAGGGUUCAAUGACCCACAGAAGGAGGAGUACUUCAGGAAGAGAAUCAGAGACCAGAACCUGGCCAGCAGAAUUAUCUCACACAUAAAGUCAUCCAGGAGUCUCUACAUCAUGUGUCACAUACCAGUCUUCUGCUGGAUUUCUGCUACUGUUCUGGAGACAAUGUUGGGCAAAGCAGAGAGUGGAAAUCUGCCCAAAACUCUGACUGAAAUGUACACACACUUCCUUCUCAUUCAGUCUAAUGUGAAGAAUCAGAAGUAUGAUGGUACCACUGAGACAAAACCAAAGAAAAUGUCAGAGUCAGAUACAGAAAUAAUCCUGAAACUGGGGCAGCUGGCUUUUCUACAGCUGGAAAAGGGCAAUCUGAUUUUCUAUGAAGAAGACCUGAGAGAGAGUGGCAUUGAUGUCAAUGAAGCUUCAGUGUAUUCUGGGGUGUGCACUGAAAUCUUUAAAGAGGAGUAUGGGUUGGAUCAGGAGAAGGUCUACUGCUUUGUGCAUCUGAGCAUUCAGGAGUAUCUGGCUGCCUUGUUUGUGUUUCAUUCAUGUGUAAAUGAGAACAGAAAUGUACUCAGAGCAGAAGAAUCAAAACCUCACAGUGACAGAGUGCAGCUGUCUGAGUUACACAGGAGUGCAGUGGAUCAGGCCUUAGAGAGUAAGAAUGGGCACCUGGAUCUUUUCCUCCGAUUUCUUCUUGGGCUCUCUCUGGACUCCAUUCAGACUCUCUUAGGAGGACUAUUGACAGGACAGACAGGAAGCAGAUCACUUGUAUCAGACCCUCAGACACAAACAGGAAGCAGAUCGUCUGUACGAGGCCCACAGACACAGACAGGAAGCAGAUCAGAGAGCAUAGAGAAAACCAUCCAGUACAUUAAGAUGAAGAUCAGAGAGGAAUCUUCAGCAGAGAGGACCAUCAAUCUGUUCCACUGUCUGAAUGAACUGAAUGACAACUUCCUAGUGCAGGAAAUCCAGAAUUCCCUGAGAUCAGGAAAACUUUCUGAUAAAGAGCUGCAACCAGACCAAUGUUCAGCUCUGGCCUUUGUGUUACUGAUGUCCGAGGAGAUCCUGGAUGAGUUUGACUUGAAGACCUACAACACAUCAGCAGCAGGCCAUCAGCGACUUCUACCAGUAGUCAAGAACUGCGGGAAGGCCGUACUGAACAGCUGUGGCCUCACAGAGAAGUCCUGUGAUGUUGUGGCCUCAGCUCUCCAGUCACUAAACUCACCCCUGAGAGAUCUGGACCUCAGCUACAAUAACCUGGGAGAUUCAGGAGUGAAGCUGCUCUAUGCUGGACAGAUGAGUCCAAACUGUAAACUACAGAGACUGGGACUGAAUAGCUGUGACCUCACAGAGAAGUCCUGUGAUAUUUUGGCCUCAACUAUCCAGUCACCGAACUCAUCCCUAAGAGAUCUGGACCUCACCUACAAUAACCUUGGACAUUCAGGAGUGGAGCUGCUCUGUGCUGGACUGAUGAGUCCAAACUGUAAACUACAGAGACUGGGACUGAACGGUUGUGACCUCACGCAGAAGUGCUGUGAUAUUGUGGCCUCAGCUCUUCAGUCAUCAAACUCACCCCUGAGAGAUCUGGACCUCACUUACAAUAACCUGGGAGAUUCAGGAGUGAAGCUGCUCUGUGCUGGACUGAUGAGUCCAAACUGUAAACUGCAGAGACUGGACCUCAGCAACAAUAACCUGCGAGAUUCAGGAGUGAAGCUGCUCUGUGCUGGACUGAUGAGUCCAAACUGUAAACUGCAGAGACUGGGGCUGGGUUGGUGUAAUCUCACAGAGGUCUGCUGUGAUGUUCUGGCCUCAGUCCUGCGUUCUCCUCACUCAGAGCUGAGAGAUCUGGAGCUCAGAGACAAUGAGCUGCAGGAUUCAGGAGUGAGAGCGCUCUCUGCUGGACUGGAAGACUCUAAACUGCAAAGACUGGGACUGUCAGGCUGUGGAGUCACACACAGAGGCUGUGAUUCUCUGGCUUCAGCUCUGUAUUCAAACCCCUCACACCUGAGAGAGCUGGACCUGAGAUACAAUCACCCAGGAGACUCAGGAGUGAGAGCGCUGUCUGCUGCUAAACUGGACACACUCACACUGCUUGUGGACCAUGGAGGAGAGAACAGGACCAAACCAGGACCCAGUAAAUACGGCUGUCAGCUCACACUGGAUCCAAACUCAGCGAGCAGAGAACUGUCUCUGUCUGAGGGGAACAGGAAGGUGACACACACACCGGGGAGAGAGGAGCCAUAUCCUGAUCAUCCGGAGAGAUUUGAGUUUGUGCCUCAGGUUGUGUGCAGAGAGAGUGUGUGUGAGCGCUGUUACUGGGAGACUGAGUUCAGUGUGUCUGAGGGGGGAGGGGUUUCUAUAGCAGUGACACAUAAAGGAAUCAGCAGGAAAGGACGGGGUUCUGAUUGUAGGUUUGGAGACAAUAAAAACUCCUGGAGUUUGAGGUGCUAUAAAGACAGUUAUGCUGAUGAACUCAGUUACUCUGUCUGUCACAAUAAGAACCGAACACUCAUACCUGCCCGCCCUUUCCCCUACCGCAGAGCAAGAGUGUGUGAUGACGAUGAUGAUGAUGGUGAUGAUAGCACUGGUAGAGGAGUGUGUGUGUACAGGGUAGGAGUGUGUGUGGACCGUCUGGCCGGCACUCUGUCCUUCUACAGAAUCUCUGACUCUGACACACAGACUCUCCUGCACAGAUUCCACACACACUUUACUCUACACACACCUCUCUGUGCUGGAUUGGGAUUAGUAAGAUCGUCGGUGUCCCUCUGCUAACUGGAGUAGAUACACAAACACACACACACUCACACUACAAGUUGUCACACAAACUCCAGCAGUUCUCACGUGCAGGCUACUAUGGAAACUUGAGUGGCGGAACGCAACCAUUGUUGUAGUUUCAAUAUAGCAACUUGUUAGCUACAACACGGAGGUAACCCCCGGUUACGCAGCUCCUCACACACGGCAGUAACCCCCGGUUACCCAGCUCCUCACACACGGUGGUAACCCCCGGUUACGCAGCUCCUCACACACGGCAGUAACCCCCGGUUACCCAGCUCCUCACACACAGAGGUAACCCCCGGUUACGCAGCUCCUCACACACGGUAGUAACCCCCGGUUACCCAGCUCCUCACACACAGUGGUAACCCCCGGUUACCCAGCUCCUCACACACGGCAGUAACCCCCGGUUACGCAGCUCCUCACACACGGCAGUAACCCCCAGUUACACAGCUCCUCACACACGGUGGUAACCCCCGGUUACGCAGCUCCUCACACACGGUGGUAACCCCCGGUUACCCAGCUCCUCACACACGGAGGUAACCCCCGGUUACCCAGCUCCUCACACACGGUGGUAACCCCUGGAAAUGAUGCCCUGCAUCCCUGGUUGCAUAGCCCUCAUUUGUCAAUUUUUUGGGGGGGGUUUUGAUUUCUGCUGCUUUUACAUUCUGUUGUCAAAAACGAAUAAAGUCAGUUUAAAAACCAGCUUGUGAUUAAAGAACCAUAAUGCUUCAUUGGCAAUUUAGUAAACUGUUAUGCACUUUUCCUGAGAAUUUUUUUUUUUUUUUUGAGAAACAGGUUUGAGGGUUCAGAGUGACAGGGACUGUUAAGUCCCAUGUGCCUGUGUGCGCUUGUGUGUGUGUGUGUGUGUGUGUGUGUGUUUUGUUUGUUUGUUUGUUUUGGUUCCACUCCCCUCUCACUGUCCUGCUUCACAGUUCCACCCUCCCAUUGGUCUGCAGUUACCCCAUUCGAACAAGAAUCCAUUCCAGCCAGCCAAUCAGAAGCCGACCACCAGUUUAAAUCCGCCGGUGUCUUAUACCCAUUGCUUUAAGCUGCAUAAUUUUUGAUUUACCGUUCUGUUCUGUAGUUUAACUGCCAGUUUUGUUACGUGCGUUCUGUGGGUUGUCCUGUUGGGUCUUUCGCUUUGUAGACCUUUGGUUACAUACAUUGAAACUAAAACAGGUAAGCUAACAAAAUUGUCUUACACAUACACAUCUCACCACAUACAUAUAGGUUGAACGAGUUGUAUUAGGCACACUAGGUUAGGAGCUAGUGCCACCCUUGUUAUUUUCGGCUUUGGUUAGGGUUUAAUACAGUCGUUUAGUGGUCCCAGUGGUCCCAAAUUACCUCCUAAACUCUCCCCCUCUGUUUCAAGUUACACUUAAAUAUAAGUGUCACUUACAUAAGGGCCACUCACAAGUGAGGGCUGGCAUCGAAGUGAUGGGGAACACAAAAGGCAGGGUUUGUGUGGGACAGGCUUUCGGUCUGCUCCAACCAGAAUUCCGGUCGGGAUUUAUAGGCCGGAAUUUACCAAGAAUAAAUUAUCAAUAAUAAAUCAUCACCACUUAAAUGAGUAUCACUUAACAGUUGGGCACGGUGAGCGACUUUGAACUUCAUUACAAAUAAUGAUUACAGCAAUUUAGAUCGGUGUUAUCAGUACAUUUUAAUAAAUCAAAUUUUUAUCAUUUUUUUUACAACACUAGUUUGCAAAUAAAACAAUACUGUGAUGACCAUGAUAACUGUCUUUAGA